AUGUUGGUGCGAAGAACAUUAGCUUUUUGUACUCUCUUUAGCCUGGCUUUGGCUAGACCAGAGCCUCGAGUUCUCGAUCCCGUCCGUACGGUGUUCCAAUUUCCCGUCAAUACCUUUUUUGAAAAUAUUGCUAUUCGUCCCAAUGGGGGAAUCCUUACGGGAUUACUUAACCAGCCACAACUUUUCGCAAUUUUGGUGCAUGAGUUCGCCGAUUCACUUGGUCUUGCUGGUAUCGCCGAAUAUGAAUCUGAUAUUUUUGCAGUUAUAGCUGGAAGGUUCGACAUUCCCACUGGAGAUGUUGGUCCUGGAUCAUGGAAUGGCAACAAGCUAUCAGGGUCACCCAAUGUUAGUCUUAUUGCUAACGUUACUUCUGCCAAUUUUCUCAACGGCAUCACGCUAUUAUCUCAAUCCGAAGGAACAUUCCUGUUGAGUGAUGUUAAUGCUGGCGUAAUAUAUCGCCUUGAUACGCAGGGCAACUACGGUAUUGUCAUCAACACUACACUUACCAGUGCUGUACCCGAGCCCCCUGUUCCUCCGGCUGGGGUAGAUGGGUUACACGUCCAUAAUCACGGGGAUUCAAAGACGCUCUAUUUUGUUAAUGCUGGUCAGGGACUAUUGGCCAGCGUUCCUAUCAAUGAGGAUGGGACGCCAGCUGGACAAUUCGAAUUAGUGGCCCGGCCGUUAACAGCACCUGAUACUUAUGACGAUUUUACAUUAGACUGUGACGGAAACAUUUACCUCGUAACAGGCGGUGGAAAUGGUAUAGAGCGCAUUUCUACCAAUGGGCAGUGGUCAAUUAUUGCCGGCAAUGUCAACUCCACAGCGAUUGCGGAACCUACUUCUGCUGCUUUUGGCCGUGGUCCGAAUGAUAAAAAUAUUUUGUAUGUAUCUACGUUGGGCGGUAUGGAAGUACCUGUGAAUGGUAACAUAACCAUUGGAGCCCAACUUGUAGCUGUUACAACAAACUCACUGGGUUCUGCCGGUUGUGCAUUGAACCUCUAG